CAGGACCAGAAGCAAAAGUUUUAAUUGCGUUGCUGCCGUCGUGAUAUCGACGUCGUCGUUCCUCUGGCCAGCACCAGAUCCAGGUUCCGCGCGCGCCCUUCCGUAGAUUCCGGAUUGCAAUCGGCAGGUGAUUAUUACGCGUAACACAAACCGAGCAGUGAUUUUGGUAAAAGUGGUUCCGGAUGUCGUGAAAAUGGGCUUGAAAUUCCUGUUUAAAUUGGCCAUUUGCACCGUGGAUUAGGGGGGAAAAGUGAUUGUGGCCAGGUGCGGGAAAGGUGUGAUCAGGGUUCAACCCGUCAAAUGUUUGACCGACCGUGUUGUUUUCAAUAGUGAAGGUGGAGAAAAAAAAAUCUCAAGGGCGUAGUGCCUCGCAAUUCAGCUCGCUGAUGACGAAAGCGAAAGUGUGCGUUUUCUUUGCUGCUGCCGCUGCUCAGGAAGUGGGAAAAUGAAAAGUAAAGCCCCAAUAGCAGCUCAUUUGCAUAUCUGAUAACAGCAGAAACGAGGCAGAAGAAAUUAAAAAUAAAUAAGCAAAUACGUGAAACAACAAAUGAGUGAUAACAACGUGGCACGACGAGUUCAGUGAACAAGAAAAGCAAAAAAAAAAAAUAAUUUGGUGAUCAUCUUGUGUGGCACCACACAUUUGUGCAAAUAAUAUCACAAACGAUCGUCGAUAGCACGAGAGAGCCACAAUCCAACCCCAAAUGGAGACGUUUGAGCAGAAAAACAACGUUAAUCUACCAGUAAAGUUUCCAGGUGCCCCGAUGAAUCCUCCACUGGUGGACAACGGCGAGGAUCCACAUCCCAGCCUGUCCGACUGGCACGACUAUGAGCCGAACCUGGAAUUCGACGACACCGAACUGUCCCAGACGGCGCCCGAACCCGGAGGCACGGUCAUUUUUGACGAGGACAAUUUUUCCGGCGAGUUCGACGUGGUGUCCGAGGACGAAAUCAUCAAAACCACCCUCGAUCCGGACAAUUACGAAGAGCAGCUGAAAAUGGUGGAGCCCGACGAGAACGCCAUCCGGAAGGAGUUCAAACGGCGAAAAUUCAUCGAGUUUAUCGGCACAGACAAGCACGGCCAGCCCAUAAUUGCCAUCUACGCGUGCAGUUUGCCGGAACGGAAAGAUCUCAACACGAACAUCUUUAUCGAUUUUAUCAUCAAAUCGAUGGAAGAAUUUGUCCAGAACGAUUACAUUAUCGCGUACUUUCACCAAGGCAUGAAGGAUAACAACAAGCCGUCGUUGCAGUUUUUGUGGAACUCUUAUAAGGAGCUGGAUCGGAGUUUCAAAAAGAACCUGAAGAAGCUGUAUGUGGUCCACCCAACCACAUUCAUCAAGAUGGUGUGGUUCUUCUUCAAGCCGGUCAUCAGCGAAAAGUUCAAAAGCAAGCUCAUCUACACCUCCAGCCUGGACGAGCUGAAGCAGUCGUUGGGUUUAAACACGCUCAAGGUGCCGGACACUGUGCGAGAAUUCGACGAGAAGAUCAACAACAGCUCGCGGUACACGCUGCGGGGCAGCAAGACUAGUCUGAAGGCGAGCCGCUCGUCGGAACACAUCCCCCGGACGCACCAGUUUGGCGUGACGCUCCGGUUCAUCAUCGAGAACAGCGCCUGCCUCAACUGCAUUCCACCGAUCGUGCGCAAGUGCGUCGAUCAUCUGUCGCUGUCGGAUGUAAUCGACACCGAGGGUAUCUUCCGGCGGUCGGGCAACUACAACCGGAUAAAGGAGCUCCGCGAGAAGAUCAACUUGGGGGACGGCGAGGUGAACCUGAUGAAUGAGGACACUCACGUGGUCGCCGCCCUGCUCAAGACGUUCCUGCGCGAGCUGGAGGAACCGCUGCUGACGUACGAGCUGUACGACGACAUUGUCCAGUUUGCCGAGUGGACCACCGAGGAGCAGCGAUCGCGGAACGUCAAGCAGAUUCUGCGCGAAAAGCUGCCGGAGGAAAACUACGAACUGUUCAAGUACAUCGUCGAGUUCCUCGGUAAGAUUAUGGAGCGAAAAGAUUUCAACAAAAUGACCUCGUCCAACCUGGCCAUCGUGUUCGGCCCGAACCUGGUCUGGCCCAAACAGGCGCAGAUGUCGCUGGACGAAAUCGGUCCGAUCAACGCGUUCAUCGACUACGUGCUGCAGAACCAGGACGACAUCUACUUUGUCGAUAUCAACAAAAAGGACGGCGCCUACGAUUAACAGCGGCUGAUCUAAGUUUAGUUGAGUUGCAUUUCGUUUCGUUUCCCCCACGCCUCUUGAGAAGUGAGCACAAGUUGUUUUUAAUUGUAGACUAUUUUAGGGCAGCGAUUGAAGCGCGCGCGCACCCCGGAUAGGGACUAUCAUCUGUGUAAAGUAGGAGUAAAGUAAAAAACAAAACAAAAACAUUCUUUCAACCGCUAGUGAGAUAAGCAAACGUGAGGUUUAAGCCAGUUGGCGUCCGUGUAGAUAAAUGUGAGCGCGAGCAGCAGAUUUUAACCCUUCCCUUCUUCAAAAGUACGCCUGUUGAGUUGAGUGUGUGUGUGUGUAGAGAUGUCAUUUGAACCUACGAUAAUAGUCAUUACUGCAGUAAAUCAUUGUUAAUACUUUUUGAAUAAUUUAUACGAUUAAGACAAGAAUGAUGAAUGUUGUUGCACAAAUAAAAUGAAUAAAAGAGCGAGCGAAACCAAAGAGCGAGUGUGUGUAAGAAAAUCUCAGGCAUUUCCAGGAGGUUCUGGCGUGCCAAAAAUGAGCAUUUCACCCCUCCCAAAUCAGAAGUCUGUGGAGCAAACCAAUAUCAAAACCCGUCUGCAUGCUCUUGAGUCCGGUAAAUAAAUUAACAAACAAAAAAAAGUCAUGUUUUAACCUCUCACAGUCUACUACGAUAACUAAUCAACCAACCAGUUCUACUUAGAGCAAGUUUUAGCCACUAGACGACACUGAAAGGCAACCAUAUGGAUGGGUAGCAAAAGGUAUUGUUCUGUACAGUGAACGAACGCUUGUUAGGAUGAGUUGAAGUUUGGCACUCGUGUCGUUAGAGUUUACUGGAAGGAUGAUGUUUGAUUUCCACGGUUCCGAAGGGUCAUGUACAGAGAGAUUAGUGCUAAUAUGGAAAAUAAACGAUAACGGGAAAUUAGUGAAUAAUUA